UUUAAAGGACCCCUGGAAUCCAAGGGGCAGUGUGCACUGGUCUCCGAGUGCAAAACUUUAUUCAAGUGUAAAGCACACACACAGCGAGAGAGCGAGAAACUGGGAACAGAUUGCAGGGCAGAGGCCAGGCCUGGGUCUCUGGAGAAACCGGGCAACAUCUAAGAUUGGGAGAGAGCGUGCACCAGGGGCUGGGGUGACGGAAGGAGGAAUAAGCAGGUCUAGAACUGGGCAAGAAGAGGUGGGCAUCAAGGCAAAGAAGAGGACACAGGUUGGAAGAGAUCGGAGGCCAGAGUGACAGCUGACUGGGAGUAGAAGGCAGAGAUGGGAGCCCAGCCGAGAAAUAAAUCCUGGAUGGGUGAGGGCUCCUCGCCUCUGUGGGCAGUGGUGGGCUCCACAGGUUGGCCUGUCGGCCAUUUCUGCCUCUCUGCCUGCCUCUUCCUGGUAGAGUUGGUGGCCAGCCGAGUGACCGGCUCACUGCUCCUGCUUUCCUGUGCAUUCCACACCCUGGGAGGUGCACUGGCUCUUGCUGUGGCCUUGACCGAUGCCUGGCUGGCGACCGGAAGACACCCCAGUCGGAGGAAUACUUUCGGGUGGGUGCGAGCCCGCAUUGCGGGCACCCUAGCCAGCGCCAUCUUCCUGAGCGCCCUGUGCCUUGCGCUCCUGCCCGAGGCACUCCGCAGGGUGGCUGAUCCACACGUCACACAGCAUGCGUUGACCCUUAUGGGGAUCGGGGCCGUGGGGAUCCCGAUCCACCUUGCCAGGGUGGGACUGCAUGGCCAGCAUCCCCAAGACCCAGGCACGAGGCCGUGCUGCAGCAGGAGGAGGGUGACCGAAGGAGACAGCUGUGCCCAGGAGAUGGAAGAUCUGCUGGGCAACGGCUCCUCGGCCAACGGGCAGCCCUGGAUGGAGGAGGACAGGGAGGCCAGCCCCAUGCCACCCUCAGAAAAACUGGGGCAUUGGACAACGCUUUGCCUUGGUUGGGUGGUCGCCUGCCUGGGCCCUGCGGCCGUCCUUCUGUACUCUCUCAUGUUCCACCUGCUGUGGCCUCCUUGCCUGGGUGAUGCAGCCUGCCUCAGCCACUGCCUCAGGUCCCCCUGUUGGGCCUGGCAUACUGCGGAGGCACUGCAUUGGGGACACGCCCCUUGCUGGCUGCUCUACCUGGACCCUGGGCUCGCCGUGGCUGUGUCCGUGGCCCUGCUAUGCUUGGCGUGGCCGGCCCUGCACAGCUCCGCUCUGGUCCUCAUGCAGGCCGCACCGGAAGAGCUGGACUUGAGGCUGCUGGAGCUGCAGCUGCGGGCCACGGAAGGCGUGGUGGCCGUGCGGGACCUCCGCGUUUGGCAGCUGGACGGGCCCAGCAGCUUAGUGGGCACGGCCCACGUGCACUUCCGGGACGUGGCCACGUGCGAGGCCGUGAUGGACAGGGUCCAGCGGGUGUUCUGCGAGCAUGGUGUUCACGCCGCCACAGUGCAGCCAAAUCUUGGCGUUGGUCCGGGCGGCGGGUGGUGCGAGGGGGCGCCACGAAAGAGGUGCUUGGCCCCGUUCCCUGCCAUGGUCAUGGAAUACGAGACCACGGUGUGAGCUGAGCAGAUGCACCACUUGGGGGGUAGGGGAAGAGUACCUCAUAAAUUUCCAUUUUUCUCUGCUACAGGCACCCUGCUUUCUAGCUAGGUGAUCCUACGGGUGUCCACAGGAAUAAAUUGGUGGAGGCGCAGGGGAGAUUUAUGACUUGUAACCGCAGGUUUUUGACUGGACUAUUUGCAGUCUUUGUGCGACUGGGACACAUGCACUGUUACAUGGUACUGAAGAGAAGCAACGAGAAACAAUGGUGGGCUGUGCCUCUUGGUGAUGUAGUGUUUAAUAUAUAUCUUUGAACAAACUGCUUGAUUUCUGCAUUUAACAAUAUCAGAGGGAAGCACUAGAAAGACACAGCAGCUUCAAUUUCAUAGAGAAUCAUAUAAUUGUAGUUGGAAGGGAGCCCCCCCCCAAAAGGGUCAUCUAGUCCAAUCCCUUGCAAUGCAGGUGCCACAGCUAAAUAGCCAUCAAUCUCAGUUUAAAAACCUGCAACGAAGGAGAGUCUACUACCUUCCGAGAUAGUCUCUUCCACUGCCAAACAUCAUCCAUGUCCUUCGAACGAGUGGGCGCAAUGCUUGAGGUUCCUGGGAAUCUCAGCAUUGUUUCCUUUAGAUGCAAGUUUCUAGCCCUCAUGAUACAAUUUACAAAGUGAAUUAUGCAAAUCAAGAGAAGUCCACCCAAUAUGAACGAAAUAUUUACAUAGGCCACAGAAUCCUCCUUUAUUGCAUGCAGAACCAUGGGCAUUGGUUUCAGAGGUAGGGUCUAUUCCAAG